GAGUUUUAAUUUUAAAGUUUUUGAAUCUGAAAAACUCAUUGCGAUUCUCAGGAAGCUUCCAUAGAUUUCCGUCUGGUUCUAGGGUUCCGCGACGAUUUCUCCGAUUGAAUUUAGCUUGGGGGGGGCGAAAUAAGAAUGGCGCAGGGUGUAGAAGAAUGGUACAAACAGAUGCCGAUCAUCACUCGCUCGUAUCUCACGGCGGCCGUUGUCACCACCGUCGGAUGUUCACUCGAUAUUAUAUCGCCGUAUAGCCUCUACUUGAAUCCCACCCUUGUGGUGAAGCAACACCAGUACUGGCGUCUCGUUACCAACUUCUUGUAUUUCCGCAAGAUGGAUUUGGACUUCAUGUUUCAUAUGUUCUUCCUCGCACGGUACUGCAAACUCCUUGAAGAAAACUCAUUCAGGGGAAAGACUGCUGAUUUUCUUUACAUGCUCCUUUUUGGAGCAACCGUUCUAACUGGUAUUGUUCUCCUCGGCGGAAUGAUACCCUACUUAUCCGCAUCGUUUGCUAAAAUCAUCUUCCUCAGCAACUCAUUAACUUUCAUGAUGGUGUAUGUGUGGAGCAAACAAAAUCCUUAUAUUCACAUGAGUUUCCUGGGUCUGUUCACCUUCACAGCUGCUUACCUACCAUGGGUACUUCUUGGGUUCUCUGUCCUUGUUGGUGCCAGUCCUUGGGUGGAUCUUCUGGGUAUGAUAGCUGGUCAUGCUUACUACUUUCUGUCUGAGGUGUAUCCGAGAAUGACUAAUCGUCGUCCUUUAAAGACUCCAGCGUUCCUCAAAGCCCUAUUUGCAGAUGAACCAGUCGUGGUGGCACGGCCAGAAAACGUCAGGUUUGAUGCUGCACCUUUCGAUGAAAUCCACCAAGACUGAUCCUGAGAUCACUACACUUCCAAACGGGAUAACGAAUUCCGUUUGGUCAGAUAUAAAAUGGUAUGCAAAGGAAAGAAGAUAAUAGCACAAAGCCUAUUGACUAUGACACGCUAGUUGUGAACUCACCACCACACCUUAGUGUUAGUUUCAAGUAGUUUGGUGUCUUUUGGUAUCGUUGUCUCUCAUCGUGUUGUGUAUACAAAUUUGCUUUUUGGUUUUAGUGUUUAUGUUAUGUUUAUUGGACACACUCAAGUUGUACACAAACCUCCAGUUAUGUCUACAUUGUUAAUUAUUGUCUUCGUUCA